AUGGCGCUAGAUGGUGUACCGGCAAAAAUCAUCGCCAUGAUCAAGGCCUACUAUCGCUCCACUACUGCGAGAGUCCUGGUCCGUGACAAUCUUUCCCAACCGUUCGGUAUUCGGUCUGGCGUCCGACAGGGUUGUAUCCUGUCACCCAUACUGUUCGACUACGCUAUUGACUGGAUCCUCGGGAGGGCCCUACGCGACAGUGACGGCGUUGAAUUUGCACCCGGACAUCGACUGACUGAUCUCGACUAUGCCGAUGAUAUCGUCUUACUUGCUUCAAGUUUUGGUGAUCUGCAGUCGAUGGUGUCAUGGGUGAACGAGAACGCUAAAUCAGUCGGUUUGUCCAUAAGCGCUGAGAAGAUCAAAGUAUUCUCAAGCUGCUUCCCUGACCAGGAGAAGGCACCCCUGGGGAUUGAUGGCUGUCAACUUGAAGAAGUGGACAGUUUUAAAUACCUCGGGGUGAGGCUGCUGCCUAAUGGACAGAGUAAGGACGACAUUGUCUCCCGAAUCGAUGCUGCCCACUGGGUUUUUUCAAGCCAUCGGAAAUGCCUGUGGAACCGACGUGACCUCUCCAUCGCCACUAAGAUUCGCGUGUUCCGCGCAUCUGUCCGGUCCGUCCUUCUCUACGGUUGUGAAUGCUGGGCUUUGCGCGGGGAGGAUGAGCGAAAACUGGAGGUAUUUGACCACCACUGCUUGAGGACCAUCCUUCGAGUGAAGUUCACCGACUUCGUCUCAAGUGAGACAGUCCGCGCUCGUUGA